GUUAGAAACAUAGAAUAAAAAUUUAUGCUUAUAACCUGUAGUUUGGUCUUGGUCGUCUUUAUCGUCUUUAUUUGGUAAUUUAAUAAGUUUAAAUCGUUUCGAUUUAAAAAUGACUGAUGAAUUGGGUGAAAAUGAGAAAAAGAUAUUUGAAGCUAUCGAGAAAAAUGAUGUGGUUUCAUUAAAAAAUCUUCUGGUAAAUAAACAAAACGUUAAUAUUCUUGAUGAGAAUCUUAUGACACCUCUCCAACAUGCCGCAUAUAAAGGAAAUAAAGAAAUGGUUCAAGCUUUACUUGAUCAGGGAGCUGAUGUCAACCUGUGUAAACAUGUUCAUGAAUAUACAGCUUUACAUUUCGCCGGAUUAAGCGGAAAUGCAGAAGUGUGUAGUUUACUACUUCUUGCAGGUGCAAAAACCAAUGCUGUUAACAGUGUUGGUAGAACAGCAGCUCAAAUGGCAGCUUUUGUAGGUAAUCACAAUUGCGUUGCAACUAUAAACAAUUUUGUACCAAAGAAUGAAAUUGACUAUUACAAUACAUUGCAAGGUCAACAAACAAAACCAUAUCUUCCCACUUUUUUAACUGAAAGUUUCCAUAAAUUUGUUACGCAAAUAAACCUACAUCCUAUAAGAGUAGCAUUAAAUUUACAAAAAUAUGUUGGACUUAUUGACCAUCUAGAGGAGAUAAAGAAAGUACUAGAGUUAAUGUGUACCAAAGAAAUGAAACGUGGGGCUGAAACUAAUGAAGUAAUGUCUUUUAAGUUUCAUUAUUUGGGAUGUAUAGUAUCAGAAUUAGAAAAAAUUAAGUCAAAAAAAUCCGAACAAGGUGAAGAAAAAAAGACUGAUAUUUUAGAAUUGUUUUGCAAAAAACUACUAAAGGCAGAUAAGGAUGGUAAUUUAAAUAUAAUGGACCAGUUUAUCAGAGAAAGUGUUCGCAGUUUUCCAUAUAGGGAAUGCACAAUUUUUAAACAGAUGGUUGCAAACUUAGCUUCUAAAGAUUCACCUUCUGCUUUAAGUAUUGUCACUUCGGCAAUUAAUGGUCACAGAGGUUUCAUUGAUAAUGUACCUGUUUGUAAUGCAUGUGGUGAAGAGAAACCUGCAAAGAAGUGCUCCAAAUGUAAAGUUGUUCAGUACUGUGACAGAGACUGCCAAAGAUUACACUGGUUUAUUCACAAGAAAUCAUGUUCACGUUUGAGUCAGGAAAUUCAAAAGCAGGAAAAUGUUAAGCCAAAUUCACAACAGAUUACGGAAGAUAUGCAAAAUAUUAUUUUGGGCAAUUAGAUAUAAAAGUAAAAACAAUUUAAAACUUUUAUCUAAACUACAUAUUUGCUAUUUGUCUAAUAAUAAGAAAUGUAGAUCUUAAAAGGGUCUUGAUAUGUAAUUUUGUUAGGAAAUUAAAUGUGAUGCAUGUAAGUGUAACUAACCAAUUGUGAGUAGAAUGGUGUACUAAUAAUUUUGAAGGGGCAUUUUUGCUAUCAAUUACAUUUUUGUAAUUGAAGAAAAUCUAUCAUAUUAACGUGAAAUUAUAAUUACUGUUAAGACAGGCUAAUUAACAUACUAUUUAAUUACACCUACAUACAAGUGCUGAUCUGUACUGGAGUCAUCUAUUCAUAAACUGUUCAAUCAAUCGCUUUCAAGCGGAUGCUUCCCAAAAUUUGGAAACGCACCUACGUAUUACCCAAGCAUAAAAAAGGUCAUAAAUCUGACAUAAGAAACGGUAGACCGGUAAACUUCUCGAUUCUAUCGUAGCUAUUUAUAUGACCAAUGUAUAUUUACAUCAAAUAAUGGAGUAAAGGGUUUGUAAAGGGUCGGCCUUAUCAAAGGGCACACAAACAAACUCAAUCUAUAUAGAUUCUUUUAAGGCCUUUGGUACAUCAUCAUUAUCAUAAGGUCGCCAGUCCUAAGACUGGUUGGACACGUACCUCCAUUCUUUCCUAUCCUGAGCUAAACAUCGCAAUUUAGGAAUAUUGGAGGUAAACUGCAUACAUAGCUUACAUGUUCCAAAAACUCCUACGUCCUUCAUUGAUUAUAAUUUUGAUUUUACAAAUAACAAAUUUAAAACUACUAAAGUUAUAGUUUAUCAUUUUUAUUAUGAUAA